AUGUCAUCAAGACGUAGUUUAUCACGAGAUUCUCGUUCACGUUAUGCUCGUUCAUCAUCAUAUAGCAAUGAUCGCUCAAGUUCUUCAUAUCGUUAUCGUCCAUUACGUUCUCGUUUAAUUGAACGAGAAUAUUCAUUACCAUCUCUUACUUUUGAUUCUCUUGAUGAUCCAUAUUUUUUUGAACGUCGUUCAAGAAAAUUUUUUGAUGAUUUUGAUCGUCGACGUCGUUGGCGUUUUAAUGAUGAUUUUGCUCGUCCAUUUCGUUGGCGUUUCAAUGAUGAUUUUGAUCUUCCAGUACGUUGGCGUUUUGAUGAUGAUUUUGAUCGUCCAUUUCGUUGGCGUUUUAAUGAUGAUUUUGAUCUUCCACUACGUUGGCGUUUUAAUGAUGAUUUUGAUCGUCCACUUGAUUGGCGUUUCAAUGAUGAUUUAUUUAAUGAUUCAUUUUUUAAAUCUAAAAUUGGAAGUACCUCAUUAGGUUUUGGACGUAAUAUUCCAAUAACUUAUCGACCAACUAAUAGUUUAAUAACAACAGGAAGAAAUAUACCAGUUCAAUAUAUAGCAACACCAAGUAUUAAUCGUCGUGAAAAUGUUUAUUCAACAUUUGAUACUAAUAAUGAUUGGGCAUCAAAUUCAUUUCAACGUAAUAAUGAUAAUUUCAAUAGACGAGAAAAUCGAACUUUUACUGAUGAUUGGCCACCAAAACGAGAAUCUCCAACACGUAAACGAACGUCUUUGACAAUAUACGUUCGACCACCUCGUAGGCAUUCAAUACAAAGAUGCAUCGAAGAAAAAGUGAUGAUUGAAUUAUCUUCAGCUUCAACAUCAUCAUCAUUUCCAUCGAUGGGAUUAGUUUCAUCACCACCUCGUUCAGUUUGUUCAACAACAAAUACUUCAAAUAGUCCAAAUGUUGUUGUACAAAAACGUUUACAUAAAUUUUCAUGUUCAGAAAUUGAAAAACUUAAACAAAAAUAUCGUAUACAACAUACAAGUUGUUUUACACAUUUACAAACACUUCUUAAUAAAAAUCGAAUAUCCAAAUGUCGUGAAUGUGGUUUAAAUGAGCAAUGUCGUAUAUGUUUAGAAUGUUCAUUAUGUUUAUGUCGUUAUCAUGCUCAAAAUCAUGCACGAUUAUGUUCACAUCCUCUUGCUAUUGAUAUAAAACGUCUUUUUGUUCAUUGUUAUAUAUGUGGUGAUGUUCAAUAUGAUUCAGUUUUUGAACGUGCAAGACGAAAAAUUAUUUUACUUCAACAAAAUCCAUCAAAUAUUUCAUCUUCAUCAUCAAUGAUUGGUGGUAUUUGUGGACUUCUUAAUCUCGGUAAUACAUGUUUUAUGAAUAGUGUUUUACAAGCUUUUGUUCAUGCACCUGUUCUUCGUGAUUGUUUUCUUUCGGAAAAACAACAUCAUUGUGAAUCAAAUGAUACAAAUCAUAUAUUAAAUAAUUGUAUUAUGUGUCAAUUACGUCGAUUAUAUCAUCAUGUUCAUCAAGCACAAACAACGAAUGAACCAUUUGUUCCAUCACAAUUAUUAUAUUUAAUAUGGACACAUGAAAAUCAUUUAGCCGGUUUUGAAGAACAAGAUGCACAGGAAUUACUUAUGGCUUUAUUUAAUAUAAUACAUUCACAAAAUUCAAAUGAUGAUACAAAUGAUGAAAAGUCUUGUUCAUGUAUUAUUGAUCGAUUUUUUAAAGGUGCUCUUCAAUCUGAAAUAACAUGUUCUCAAUGUGGAUCUGUAUCGACAAAAAAUGAUCUUGUUCGAGAUAUAUCUCUUCAACUGCCGUUUUCAUCAUCAAACGAUGAAUCAUUUCCAUCAUCAUCGUUUUCUCUAGAAAAUUGUUUAUGGAGAUUUACACAUUCCGAAACAUUAAGUAAUUUUUACUGUGAUACAUGUCAAAUGUCAAUGACAGCAAAUAUAAAAUUAACGAUAUCUCAAGCACCGAUUGUUGCUUGUUUUCAUCUUAAACGUUUUCAAUAUGUAAAAAAAUCUCGAUCAAAAAUGCGUAAAAAAAUUUCCGCACAUAUAUCAUUUCCUGAUGAACUUGAUUUAACACCAUAUAUGACAAUAACAAAUUUAACUAAAGAAAAUAAUAAAUAUUAUUUAUUUGCUGUUAUUAGUCAUUUUGGUUCAUCAGUUGAAACAGGACAUUAUAUGUGUUAUGUUAAACUUCAAUUACAAAAUCGAUGGUUUCGAUGUGAUGACCAUUGUGUAUGUGAAGUGUCCGCUGAAGAAGUAUUUAAAAGUGAAUGUUAUCUUCUAUUCUAUCAACGUAUCAUAGUGAAUUCAACGAGCUAA